AUGGAUGACAGCUGUGAGGAUGCCGCUGACCUGCCCUUUCAACUGGGCGAUCUGCAGCUUACGGACAAUGAUAUGGUUGUCGACGACUACGACCAGUACCCCAGUGACCGCGCGGAUGUUGUCGUCGUGUCUCCUCCCGGCUCCGCCAGCGAACCUGAACCGGAGCCUCUAGCUACUGACUAUGAGGCGAUGAUGGCAAAAGUCUUGCCGGAAAACCCAGAUUUGGAAACAGAAGCACAAACGUAUAAUACAUGGAAUAUCGAGAACUGGACAAAGCUGCGGCGGAAAGAACAUGGCCCGAUUUUUGAGUGUGGAGGAGCUCCAUGGCGGGUUUUGUUCUUCCCAUUCGGGAACGGCGUCGACCAUGCAUCCUUUUACCUUGAACACGGCUUCGAGAACCCCCCUCCGGAUAAUUGGUUUGCUGCUGGAACCCCAACUGACUCUGGUUUUGUAGCGGCACACCACCGUUUCAAUGCAGAUGAGGCAGACUGGGGGUUUACACGGUUUUGCGAACUCCGGAAGUUAUUCCAGCAGGCCUUUAACGAUAAAGGAACCCCGCUUGUUGAGAAUGAAGAAGCCUGUCUCACAGCUUAUGUCCGCGUGGUGAAAGAUCCAACGGGGGUUCUGUGGCACAGCUUCCAAAACUAUGACUCGAAGAAGGAAACAGGAAUGGUAGGCCUAAGAAAUCAGGGUGCUACUUGCUAUCUCAACUCAUUGCUCCAGUCUCUGUUCUUUACGAACUCGUUCCGAAAGGCUGUUUAUCAAAUACCCACCGAACAAGACGCCAACAAGUCAAAUUCAGCAUGGACUCUUCAACGACUAUUUUACCACCUUCAAACCAGCGACGUUCCGGUAUCGACGGCUGAACUCACAUCUUCCUUUGGUUGGGAAUCGAGACAUACCUUUGAGCAGCAGGAUGUCCAAGAACUUUCAAGAUUAUUGAUGGAUAAACUCGAAGGGCAGAUGAAGGGCACCCCUGCUGAAAAAGCACUUCCUGAACUAUUUGUUGGAAAGACAAAAACGUACAUAUCUUGCAUUCAUGUUGACUAUGAGUCGUCCAGGAUAGAAGACUUUUGGGAUAUCCAACUGAACGUCCGGGGCAAUAGGACCCUGGAUGACAGUUUCAAAGAUUACAUCCAGGUUGAAACGUUGGAAGGAGAAAAUAAGUAUGACGCUGGAGAACCCUAUAAGCUUCAGGAGGCCAAAAAGGGUGUGAUAUUUGAGAGCUUCCCGCCCGUCCUCCACCUGCAUCUCAAACGGUUCGAAUAUGACAUCAAUCGCGACGCCAUGAUGAAAAUCAACGACAGACUUGAAUUCCCAGAGGAAUUUGACGCGGCACCAUAUCUAUCGGAUGAUGCAGAUAAAUCAGAGCCAUGGGUCUACCAACUACACGGUGUCCUUGUGCAUAGUGGCGACUUCAAUGCCGGCCACUACUACGCAUAUCUUCGACCAACAAAGGAUGGCAUGUUCUAUAAGUUUGAUGAUGACAAGGUUAUUCGCGCAACCAUGAAGGAAACUCUUGAGGAAAAUUUUGGUGGAGAAUAUCCCAACGUCGCCAAUGGUACAACGGGAGUUCGACAGCCAUAUAUGCGAGGCUAUUCCAUGAAGCGAUCAAUGAAUGCGUACAUGUUGGUGUACAUCAGAAAAUCUCGAGUAAAUGACGUUCUUGUUGACGUUGUGAAAGAAGAUAUACCCGCACACCUUGAGAAACGUCUCAUUGAAGAACGUGCUGAGAUAGCACGAAAGAAAAAGGAGCGGGAGGAGCAACAUCUCUAUAUGAACAUCGGGUUGCUGUCUGAUGAGUCGUUCAAGGCCCAUCAUGGAUUCGAUUUGACCAGUCUGGAUUUGGAGCCUGACGACCCCGCUGCCGCGAAAUUGUACCGUGUUCUCAGGACUAAGAAAGUUGGCGAGUUUGUGGCUGAAUUUGCUGAAGAAAAGGGAUUGCAACCCGACCAAGUGAGACUUUGGGUAAUGGUGAACAGGCAAAAUAAAACCACUCGCCCAGAUCAACCUCUGAAGGAUCUUGAUAUGUCUGUCGAAGAGGCGUUUAGUCGAUACGGUACAAAGGGAAGUCAGUUCCGACUGUUUAUCGAAGUAGGAGAACUCGGAGCCGACGGCAAAGCAACUUGGCCCGAAACUCAGGGCAGUAAUGCGACCAGCCUUGUUUUCUUGAAGCACUUCGAUGUUGUUCAGCAGACUUUGACUGGUGUUGGGCACGUUUUCGUUCGGAAACAUUCUAAGGUCUCAGACCUGGCUGGUCCAAUUCUGGAAUUGAUGAACUGGCCUGCUGGGACCCCUUUCAUAUUAUUUGAGGAAAUAAAACACUCGAUGAUCGAACCGAUGAAAUCCAAGCAGACUUUCCACCAAUCAGAAAUACAAGACGGAGACAUUAUCUGCUUCCAGCGCCAAGUCAGCGAUUCUGAACUCCCACCCACAGUCUUAUACACAGAUGCCAGGCAGUACUAUGAUUAUCUUCUGAAUCGAAUCUUAGUCAAAUUCGCGCCUUUAAAACCAGAAGAAAACGAAACUUUCGAACUAACUCUCAGCCGUAAAAUGACAUACGAACAAUGGACGUCAAAAGUUGGCGAACAUUUAAAGAUUGACCCGACUCAUAUACGGUUUGCGCCCGUGCUCCAGAACAGCGGGAAGCCCAAACCAUUCAUUAAGCGGAAUGCGACACAGAACCUCCAGCAGAUCCUGACGAGUCAGUAUUCGCCUUAUGGAUACAGUGUUCAUCGGCCGGACGCUCUUUAUUAUGAGGUUCUCGAAACUAGUUUGAGUGAAUAUGAAACAAAGAAGAUGGUUAAGGUCACCUGGCUUCCUGAGGGGAUUUCUAAGGAGCAACCAUACGAUAUCCUCGUUGCGAAGAACGGCAAUAUCUCUGAUCUGAUUUUGGGCUUCCAAAAACGGGCCAACCUCGACGAUGAGACUGCACAACACCUGCGCGUUUAUGAAGUUUAUGGCGGGAAGGUGUAUAAGGAGCUCCCCGAGAACUACAGCAUACUUAGCAUUACAGAUUAUGUGACUCUUUAUAUUGAGAGGAUACCACAGGAAGAACUUAAUAUGCAAGAAGGAGAAUACAAAAUCGAUUGCUUCAAUUUCGACAAGGAGCCGAAUAAAACACAUGGCGUUCCAUUCAGAUUCGUUGUUAAGCCAGGCGAGAUCUUCAAAGAGACCAAGGAGCGACUCUCGAAAAGAACAGGAAUUCGAGGCAAGCAAUUUGAGAAGAUCAAGUUUGCUAUGGCCCUUCGUCAAGGAUUUUGUAAUCCAAGAUAUAUCGACGAUGACGAUAUACUCUCAGAUUUGGCCGCUGAACCACAAGAUGUGCUCGGCCUCGACCAUGUAAAUAAAAACAGAAGUUUCUGGAAGAGUGAGGGAUUCUUUAUCCGAUAG